UCCGUGCCAGGAGCGAUGCCCGCGGCUGCCCCAGCCUCGCUCUCGGCCAUGCAGCAGGUCCUGGACAACCUGAUGGGGGUCCCGGGCCCCCCCGGAGCCGCGGAGCUCGACCUCCUGUUCCUGCGCGGCAUCAUGGAGAGCCCCAUUGUGAGGUCCCUGGCCAAGGCUCACGAGCGCCUGGAGGAGCAGCGCCUGGAGGCCGUGCAGGACAACAACGUGGCUCUGGUGCAGGAGAUCCUGCGGGACAUAGGGCCCCUGGCGCCGCGGGACAGUGCGGCCGCGGAGCUGAGCCGCAUCCUGCGCCUGCCACACUUCCAGUCACUGCUGGAGACCCACGAUUCAGUGGCCACCAAGAGCUAUGAGACCCCCCCGGGGAGCCCCGUGCCCCCCCCCGGCAGCCACCACCCCCUGCCCCCCGAUGCCGUGCGCAUGGUGGGGAUCCGACGGGCGCCAGGACAGAGCCUGGGGGUGACGUUCCGCGUGGAGCGCGGGGAGCUGGUGGUCGCCCGCAUCCUGCACGGGGGGAUGGUGGCGCAGCAGGGGCUGCUGCACGUCGGGGACGUCAUCCGCGAGGUGAACGGGCGCGAGGUGGGCAGCGACCCGCGGGCGCUGCAGGAGUCCCUGCGCCAGGCCAGCGGCAGCGUCGUGCUCAAGGUGCUGCCCAGCUACCAGGAGCCGCAGCCGCCCCGGCAGGUCUAUGUCCGCUGCCACUUCGACUACGACCCUGCCACGGACGCGCUCAUCCCCUGCCGAGAGGCUGGGCUCAAGUUCAUGGCUGGGGACCUGCUGCAGAUCGUCAACCAGGAUGACCCCAACUGGUGGCAGGCGUGCCAUGUGGCUGGCGGCAGUGCGGGGCUGGUGCCCAGUCAGCUGCUGGAGGAGAAGCGGAAAGCAUUUGUGCGGAGGGACGGGGACACGGCCCCCGCUGCCGCAGGGUCCCUGUGUGGCAGCCUCAGUGGGAGGAGGAAGAAGAGGAUGAUGUACCUGACCACCAGGAACGCCGAGUUCGACCGCCACGAGCUGCUCAUCUAUGAGGAGGUCGCGCGGAUGCCUCCGUUCCGCAGGAAAACCCUGGUGCUCAUCGGGGCUCAGGGCGUCGGGCGCCGCAGCCUCAAGAACAAGCUCAUCAUGUCUGACCAGGCGCGAUACGGGACAACCAUCCCCUACACGUCCCGGAAGCCCAAGGACAGUGAACGGGACGGGCUCGGCUACCGCUUCGUGUCGCGGGGGGAGAUGGAGGCAGACAUCAGGGCCGGGCGGUACCUGGAGCAUGGAGAGUACGAGGGCAACCUCUAUGGCACCAAGAUCGACUCCAUCCGCGCCGUGGUGGAGGCAGGGAAGAUGUGCAUCCUGGAUGUCAACCCCCAGGCAGUGAAGGUGCUGAGGACGGCAGAGUUCGUGCCCUAUGUGGUGUUCAUUGAGGCCCCCAGCCCCGAGAUGCUUCGGGCCAUGAACCGGGCGGCCCUGGAGAGCGGGGUGGCCACGAAGCAGCUCACGGAGGCGGACGCCAGGCGCACGGUGGAGGAGAGCGGCCGCAUCCAGCGCGGGUACGGCCACUACUUCGACCUGAGCAUCACCAACGAUGACCUGGAGCGCACGUUCGGGCGGCUGCGCGAGGCCAUGGAGCUCCUGCGGGUGCAGCCGCAGUGGGUGCCCGUCAGUUGGGUCUAUUAGAGCCCCAUAGGGCGCUUGUGCCCCCCAUGGCACCCAUGGGGUGUGGGGCUCGCGCU